GAAGCAGUCUUGGUUCCCAUCGAAAGCGAAGCAAUAACAACCAAGCCGCCAAAAGUCGCCAAAAGCAAAACCAGCCAGCAAGCACCUUUGCCACCACCACCUGGCACCAUAGGACGCUUGUGCUAUUAAGGAACUCGCUAGUGCCUACUAGCUAGGGCAUUGAUACGGUACCAUUUAUCCACACAAACGCCCAUGCACACAGUAGCUAGCUCCAUCAAGAGAGAAGAAACAAGAACGCCGUCAAUCCAUUGUUCCUGAUUAUGGCCUCAGUCUCCGACACGGAAGUUUCAGAUAACAACAGCAAAUCGACCACAAGAAAAGGCCGAAAAACGGCACACUUCCAGGGAGACGACAACCUACAACAGAAGCCCCACAGUUUUCACGAAUCCUCCAUUAACAAGCUCAACGAGACGACAACAAUGGCUCCCAGCAGCAAUUCCCAACCGAACAUGUCUGGUGGUAUUGACGAUGCUGAUGCCGCCGCGGGGCAACGGCUGUCGUAUACCGCCCCUCAAUCUACCUACAGCAUGGCACCCCCCAUUUCUAUGGGAGGCAUGUCCACCCAUCCUUCCGAUCUAGAAUUCUUUGACGAUCUGGUUUCCGAGCCAGUGCUCGUUCUGGGGGUAGAUAUCAGCCACAUGGACCGGCAUAUUCAGUUUAUUGUCUGUGCCACAGGGGUCUUUGGAUUCAGUCUCCUCUAUGGCUACCUGCAAGAAUUGAUUUCGGUUCAAAUCUGCAAUCGACAAUUGGGCCUGUUUUUGGCCAUGAUGCAGUUUAUUGGGUACACGGUGCUCAGCUUUUUUCUAAAAGCCUACGUGUACGAAACGCAUCAAAAGAAACACAUGAAACAAAAUGAAGCCAGUGGCAAAAUUAUGGAUUAUGGUGGCUCAGGGUCCGCGCUGGUCGUCCCCUUUGCCAUGUACCUCGGCCUCAGUUUGUUGCGAGCAGUAGACCUGGCCAUGACCAAUCUGGCCAUGCAAUACAUCAACUACCCCGCCAAGACGUUGAUGAAGUCGUCCCGUGUGGUCUUUACCAUGAUCUUUGGUGUAUUCAUUACCCGCAAAAAGUAUCAAUUUAUGGACUAUUUUGUGGUCUUGUGCAUGGUCGCUGGACUGGCCAUUUUCAUGCAUGCCGAUGCCACAUCCAGUGCUAUAUUUCAACCAGUGGGUGUGGUCAUGCUGACAGUCAGUUUACUGUGUGAUGGGGCAAUCAGCAACAUGAGUGAAUCCAUCAUGAAGAAUUAUGGUGUUGGCCAAGAUGAAUUCAUCUUCAAAAUGUAUUCGAUUGCUUUGGUGGCCAUUUCGGCAGCGGCGGCUGCCAAGGGAGACUUGCAACUGGGGAUGGUCUGGCUCAUGCAGCCAGGCACAUAUGAUGAAAUGCAGCAGGGUGUCACCGCAGAGGAGGCAACCUGGAGUGUCACUGGGAAGAUUACAGUGAUUGUCUUUUUCAGCAGUAUGGGUUUCUUUGGCAGUUCCUGUAGUGCAGCCAUUACCAAGAAUUUUGGGGCAUUGACCAUGAGCAUUACUUCCACAGCCAGGAAAGCGACUACAUUGUUCCUGUCCUUCUUCAUUUUCAACAAUGUUUGUACCAUGGAGCACAUUGUUGGAGUGAUCAUUUUCAUUUCAGCUCUUACAGCCAAGAGCUUAAGAAGAAGGAAAGAUGCCAACAGCAGGGCUGCUGCCCUGAGGCAAGCCCCACGAAGUGGAAUGUCGGCAGAAGUUGAUUUGGAAAUGCAGCUGAUGUUGCACCAAGACAAACUGAAGAGAAACGCCAGACCCAAAAGCAAGUCUCCCGCUCGUGGAUAUGGAACUCCCGGGCGACGGCCAAAUGCAUCCAGGGGGUUGGUUCUCGGAGAAAAGUCGACUGCUUUGGUUAUAUAAGAUAAAUGAGGACACGCGGUCCUUGAUGUAAUGGAUGAUGGCUUCAUACCGUAUAGAUACGAAAUUGUACUAAUCUUCAUUGUUUGGCAU